AUGGAAGAAGUUUCUUCUGCAGAUACAACACAGGUUGUGAUUUUCUGCUUUGGUCAGAGUGUAGCUGGUGCCUCUAGUUUUCAAGAAAUGACAGUGAGCGAGGGGAGACUAAAAGGUAGCGAGGGACCGCCUGGGAAGCCCGGACCACCUGGACCACCUGGUGUACCAUUCAAUGAAGGAAAUGGCAUGAGCAGUUUAUAUAAAAUCCAGGGAGGUGUGAAUGUUCCCAGUUACCCAGGGCCACCUGGUCCCCCUGGCCCAAAAGGCGAUACUGGCCCAGUGGGAGAGCCUGGUGCAAUGGGGUUGCCAGGACUAGAAGGAUUUCCAGGUGUGAAGGGAGAUCGGGGCCCAGCAGGUCCUCCGGGAGUAGCCGGGAUAUCGGGAAAACCUGGUGUCCCAGGGCCACCAGGCGUCCCAGGGGAACCGGGUGAGAGAGGGCCUGCUGGAGAUAUAGGUUUCCCUGGACCAGAAGGACCCUCAGGAAAGCCGGAUUUGAAUAAUCAGUUUCCAAGGAAGGAAGAACAAGUUCCACGAAUGGAUUCUUUUGAGACAUGGACAGGUUGUUCUCGUGAGUUUCUUAGGCCUCCGUUGUGA